UAUACUCGUACCCGACUCUGCCAAGAUCGUGUCUAUAAAACUAAAAGCCUCCACUUCUAGCCUGCACCAUCUAUCUUUCUACUCACCCGCAGUAAGCGAUGGCGACGCUAGUAGCCGGACUGCCGCAGUACGUGGUCCUCAAAUCAAAGAGGCUAAACAUCUACAUGCACUACAUGUGGAACGACGACGAGUUCGGUGACUUCUACGAGUUCAUCGGCACCAAACGGGCCUUGGAUCCGGUGAGCCCGUUCGUCAAGCUCGAAGUCGUCCCUUCCACCACCAACCCAUCGUCCUUCGUCCACCUCCGCUGCUCUUACAACAACAAGUUCUUCCGUCUUGUCCAAAGGUUGGGAGUGUGGAUGGUCACCGCCACGGCGGACAACCCCAACGAGGACACCUCCGUGGUCGGCGAGUGCACGCUGUUCGAGCCGUUCUUCCCUUCCGACCAGCCCGACACCGUGUGGUUCCGCUACGUGGCGAACCAGGGCCGUCUCUUCUGGUUCAACAACCCGGACUUUCCGGACGAGUACGGGAUGUCGAUCGUCUACUCCCAAGAGGAGCGCUUCACCACGUACUACGACUACGCGCCGUGGGAGUCGUACGAGGACAAGAUGCGGGCGAAAGACGCGGUGAUCCAGGCGCGUGACGUGGAGAUCCGGAGGCUGGCUGCCGAGGUGGCUGACAACGGAGAGGAGAUAAAGACCCUGCGAGGCCAGCUGGCGGACAGGGACGGCGAGAUCGUGAAGCUGGAGGGCCAGGUGGCGUCUUGGGAGGCGUACGUGGAGAAGAGGAAGGUUAAACUGGAGGAUGGGAUGGUGACUCUGCAGUCCGCCGUGGCGGCGGCGUGGGAGGCGUUCCAGGACAACGUCAGCGCCGGGAUUGGGAAGAUUAAAGGUGGUCUUGGUCGGUUCGGUAAGGUACUUAAGCUGCAAAAGGUACAUCAUGGUGAUGACCGCAUGUUACGUACCAUAUGAGUGCUUAAAUUACCAACCGCGCGCCUGUGAAAUAAGUGUCGGUACGGUUAUUAAAUCACUGAGGAAGGGACGAUUGUGAAAUUAGUACAGGGUUUCUAUUAAAAAAUGUCUUGUGUAAUUUUGUUUUUCUACAAUAAAAAUCUGUGUGUAUGUAGGGCCUGCCUCGCCAGUAAGUUGGUGAGAAGAAUAAAGACAAUUUGCUUGAGAGAUCGGUGGAUACUGUUAAGGCAUUCAUGUAAUACUAAAAUUCAGAGUUAAGGAAAAAAAAGGUGCGUUUAACCAUGCUUAGGCGAGACGACGGAUGGCGAAGUAACAGGACACUUACACAUAAUUAGGUGGAUAUCUAUUUUUUAUUUUAUUUCAACCUUUUCAAUAACUCAAAAACUUUACAAGC